AUGGAUGACCUCUCUCAACGUCGCAUUCGCCACAUAUCGUCCAUCCAAAUUCGUAACUUGACUGCUUUCCCAGUCCGCGAUGCAUUUGCAUCUGCACUCUCACAACCCGCGGAGCAACCCCAGUUCAACCCUUCGGGCUACUUCUCUGACGACCUCGACGUCACAUUGUCAAGAAAACGUAGCCGAAGAAUAUCUACGAACUCGAUAGCCACCUAUAAGAGCGUUAAAUCGGAGGAGAGUGACGAUCAUGGCUCAUUGGAUUCGCGAGGUCGGCGACAAUCGAGGGUCAGCUUUCAUGGGACUGGCGGGCCCACUUCAGGCUCUGUGCGGUUCCAAACUGGCUCAACACCGUCAAUACGGGGUCACAGAGCACGAACAAGCUCAAUCACGUCUUCACUCAAUCUGCCGUCGACAACAAUUCCUACCGUUGUCCCCUUCACCGCCAACUUACCAGACCACUCACAAACUGGACUUGAGAAGAUUAUCAAGUCCCGGCUAUUUGAAACCUUUCUCACCGUUUCCGUAGAAUCCAGCGAACCUCCUCCGCUGUCAACUUCACCAACAGUUACAUCUCUCUCACCACGCAGUCCUAAACCCAACGGCACCCUCACACGGAAAGGCACGAAGCCCUCGCCUCUAAGUCCAGCCGAGAAAACCGCUCGACGCGACACUAUACCCUCCCCAUCUAAACAUGCCCCCAAAUCCCCUUCCAUAUCAUCCUUACUACCGAACGGGAAACAAACUCCCCAAUCUCCACGAAAACCAGCUCGACCAUCGUCCCCUGUGCUCGCAUCAUCCCAAGCGCGCCCUGAUUCACCUUCCUUUCAGUCAGUACCCGACUACUUCUCACCAAUCCAUCGACCUUCAACAAAUCCGUCAUUCCCUGUUGACACACGCUCAUGGGGGCGGGAAGGUCACACAACAAAUCCCGGCGGGCGGAAAUUCAAGGUGGAACUUUGGGGCGAAGUUGGCCAAGACGUCUUGCCCGUUCUUGGGAAGGGUAAGGAGAAGGAGACACAGGAAUCCGAUACCGAUUGGCGGCUCAUAGAAGAAUGGACCGUUGAUCUUGGGCAGCUUUUACUGCUCUCUGAUGAGCAGGAUCUCCCUUCCAACACACUCGUUAUUACUCUACAACCGCCUGGACAGUCAUUCUACCUUCCAUCUACACUUAGACUGGGACGUAAAUCACCUACUCCCUCAGCUGAUGCCGGUUAUGCGUCGGACCCCGAAUCCAGCGGAAGGGCGGCAAAGAAGCCUGCAGGCGCCGCCAGGCCAAUUAGCGGCUGAUGUUGCCGCAGCUGGCCGACGACGACAUCGACGAGGUCAAGAUCCUGACAAGGAUCGAGCCAAAACAGCAGACUGGCAAGACCUUUUCAAGUAAUGAUCCUCCCUGUUCCCGUUUGUUUCGUUCAGAAUAUUUUGCAGACUUGUGACGCUACAGACCUGUAUACAGGACACCGAGGUCUCUCUCAACGAAAUCGUACGCGAAAUUGACAAGGUUCUCGAAGGAGAUACUACUUGGGCGCUUGUAAGUCGAUCCUAUUCAAUUAUUUCUCCCGCCCCCACUUUAGAGCGUUUCAAAUAUAAUUUGACAGAAACGGGAAAUUUCCGAAAGGGAAUCUGUGGUUCAAGGUCUCCGCAAGAAUUGCACGGUGGUCUAUGACCAGUCUGAGCUUCGUGAGUGAAAACUCAUCAAGGAUUGGCGAGCUAAAUUUGGGCCAGUCAAAGAGAAAAUCGAAAUGAAGCGUCAGCAGAUUCAAGAACGCCGAGAAUUGCUUGUAAUGGCUCAAGAUCUGCGUGAUGAAGACCUAUCAGCGAUGAGCCAGAGACAUGAGGAAGUGUCUGACGCGAAGUAAGCAGGAUGUUUGCUUGUCAAAAUAUCAGUCUGAUUAGCUACAGAGACGAGCUGACAAUCCUGCAAAGUCACUUCACUCCGACAAGGACCACUCUCAUUUCUUCUCUUGCCACUAUAUUUCCUAUCGACCUUCGCUCCCCUCCCGACCUCCUCUAUACCAUUCUCGACGUUCCACUCCCAAUACCACUGGCUGCUUCUGAUCCAGCGCCACCUUUGUCUUUAGCAUCCCAUAAAGAUGUCUCGGAGGAUUCUGUUGCAACUGCACUGGGUUACGUGGCGCAAGUUGUGCAGCUCUUGGCGGCCUAUCUAGGCAAGGGGCUAGUCUACCCAAUUACUUGCAUCGGCAGUCGCAGUAUGAUACGCGAUGGAAUUUCAGCCAUGGUGGGUCCGCGAAUGUGCGUUGUGUUUGUGUCUAGUUUUGAUGUUGUUUUCUGAUGAUUUCAAGUUACUAGGUUUCCGCUCUUCUCAAAAGGUGUCGACACAUAUCGGUUUGAGUAUGGAGUAUUCCUGUUGAACAAAGAUAUCGAAUUGGUAAAGCUCCGUCACCAUGCGAACCCCUCAACUUUCUAAGAACAGUUCUUUAGUUGAUGGCUGACCGCGAUCUACGUGCGUUGGAUAUGAGACAUACCUUGCCGAACCUGAAGAACCUAUUGCUGACGCUAACCGACGGAGAGGGUGCCAAAUUAGGGUGCGUGUCUAUCGCUGUUCACUCACGCGUCUGAAGACUUGUGCAGCGGUCCGCGGUUGUUUGACUCGCCAGAGUUGAGUGUUACGGGACUUGAAUCUCCCCGAGCGGAGUCACCUGUGGAAAAUAAUAACGCUACAGGGUCGACAACGCCAAAGGCAGAGAAUCUCGAACUAGCCGGUGAAGAAAAUACUCCUUCACAGAGUGGGGCCACGACACCCACAACAACAACAACGACAACAGAAGCGGGGAAGAAAAGCACUACCGGCAGUCGAUUUAUGCUGUCACCCAUCGCGGGAUUCUUACGAGCUCGUUACCCGUCUGCAAUACGGACCAUGAAGGCCGUUACGGACAGCGAAGCACCAUCAGGCAUAGUCACCGAGGAGGAAACCGCUGAAGAUGACGAUGAUCGGAGGACGAUUCGGGGAGACGUGGGGACAGACAUCACGACAAACGGGGCUGAGAAGUUAGGCGAAGUAGACCCAGUUCCGCCGGCCACCGAUACUCCUGUGAAAUGA